CGGUGCAUACAAGGAAUGCCCUUUUCCUGUUGGCUUGAUCAUAUUUCUGUCCCCGCAGCGAUCAACACCAUUUUUCAAGUGUUUUUGGCUCUACAGACCACCUUUGCACAGCACAGCGAAAAUCCCCUGUCUGAAAGCUUGUCUUUGCUAGCUUAGAGCCCGUAAAUCCAGACCCUGAGAUCCUGGACCGUUUGACGAGUACUCGCAGCCCCUGGGGCCCGCGUUUGAUCGUCCAGGCAUCUCCCGCACAAUCUUGUUGGGCACCUUUCAUUGACAGCGGCGUCCAGCCCGCUCGAGAGUGUAUUUCCGAUCCAGCCUUUUACCAACAGACUGCUUUGAUCCUCGAAUGCGAACGGAUUUUACAAGGACAGCAUCGAAUCCUCUGCUCUUCUUGCUCUUUCAAUACACAGACUGCGCCUAGCUGUCGUGAGAAAUCGGCUCCUUUCACUCCUUACAAUUACAACCCGGGUUUGCGCGAUUCAGCCACGUACCCUGGGGGCUUGACUGUCUCCAAUCUGCUUCACCCUAAACUCAUAAAACCAGAUCGAUAGUCGGUCGGAUUUCCUAACCGUCCUAGCAUCUCAACGCUAAAUCCCUGCAUGACACGUUUCGGGCGUCCAUCUUGAGUCGACUUUUAAGAAGUGCAACCGCACUUGUCUGGACUACGCCAUUCCCAUAGCCUCACUCGAUCCCAGGCCCGGUCACCGUCACACAGCGUUUCCCUCGACCACGGAUAGUCCCUGGUUUGUGCAUGCAGCAAACAAUGAGGCAUAUUUGGCGCUACCGGUAGCCAAUACCCUGGAUUUGGGUGGCUCCAGUCUUCUUGAAAACGCGUAGCUGUUGAUCAACUCGACAACGCCAACGCCGUCCCUGGCGGCAAGGCUUUCUACCCAGCCUCGCGUAUGAAGCCUGUUGCAACGGACACCAAUUUGAGUCCACCACCAAGCCCGACAUCGCCACGCAAAUUCAAGGCUCCGAUCGGGAUGGAGCAAAUAUUUGCAUUUUCGCCUAAGCCGACUGUAGUGCUAGACAGAGAACUGCAUGUCAUCGUUGCUUCUGCUGCAUGUCUCAAAUUAUUCAACCUCGACUCGGCGAUUGGUAGAGGUUUCCUCGAACUCGUUGGCAAGGUACUUGCUCCGACAGACUUUGCAGUCACAGCAAGACUCUUACAAGACUCCAUCCGAACCCGCGAGCCACGAAGAACAGAGCCUCUGCUGGGCAGCGCGCUACCAGGCUAUUGGCGACUCGAGAUUGCACCGAUAUAUGACGGCGAUGAGCUGCUGUAUCUUGUUGUAGAGGCACAAGACGCCAGUGAGGAAGUUCAACGGCAGCUGCAACAUUACGCUCAAUUAUCAACCGCUGAGACUUAUAAGAUCCUGGUCAGCACAUUAAGAGAUUAUGCUAUUUUCAUGCUCGACCCUAAAGGCUGCAUAGCGACAUGGAACACUGGGGCAAUGCUUCUGAAACAAUAUACCCAGGAGGAAGUGAUUGGCCGACAUUUCUCCACCUUUUACAGCGAAGAGGAUCGUAGGGCCAGAAAACCUGAGAGAGAGCUGGAAAUAGCUCUCCGUGACGGUAAGGUGGAAGAUGAAGGUUGGCGCGUAAGAAAGGACGGCACACGGUUCUGGGCGAAUGUCAUAAUUACGCCGGUGUACCGUGAUGGAGAACUACGAGGCUUCAGCAAAGUAACGAGGGACUUGACCGAACGAAAGGGGUCUGAAGCACGUUUGAUUGCUGCCUAUGAGGAAGCCUCCAAAAUGAAGUCUGACUUCCUGGCUAACAUGAGCCACGAAAUCCGAACCCCAAUGCAUGGAAUGCUCUCUGCCCUGGGACUUCUCAAUGAGACUGACCUGACUACGGAGCAAAGGGAAUUGACGGAUAUCAUCGAUGAGUCCGGCGCCAUACUAUUGCAAGUCAUCAACGACAUACUUGACUAUUCAAAGUUGAGCUCUGGCUCCUUUUCAAUCGGCAAGGACGUGAUGAAUAUGGCCGAAAUCGUUGCCGCUGUUCGGCGGUGUGUCAAUAUCGGCUCGAAGGACCUGCAAUGCGAAGUUGAACUUGAUCAUCGCUUGCCUACCUUUGUCCAAGGCGAUCCCUUGCGGUACCGACAAGUCGUUCAGAAUCUGGUAUCCAAUGCCAUCAAAUUCACAGAACGAGGCUAUGUACGCGUUAAGGUCGUAGUAGCCGGCGAAGAUGACACGUCAUAUGAUAUAAGGACCGAAGUGAUUGAUACUGGGAUAGGGGUCUCCCAGGAGGCUGAAAAUGUACUUUUCACGCCGUUUGCGCAACUCGACAACUCAUCUACUAAAAGAUACAAGGGCACUGGCUUAGGCCUGUCGAUCUGCAAGAGCUUGGCAGAGCUGAUGGGCGGCACUAUCGGAUUCGCACGAAAUCCGGACCACCAAGGCAGCAUAUUCUAUUUUACCUUGAGACUCAACAAGGUCGAUGCGGUACCCACUACCCCGCGAGACGUCGCGCUCCCAGAUCUGAGCUUGAAAGACUUGUCCGAACACAAGCAGUUGCUUCUGGUGGAAGAUAACGCCAUCAACCAGACAAUCAUGGUCCGACAACUGCGAGCUUUCGGGUUCGAAAAGGUGGAUGUCGCCAGUGACGGCGCAGAAGCGGUCCGUUCAAUACAGGCGAAACCACUUACCUACAGCUUAAUCUUGAUGGACAUCAGCAUGCCGGUCAUGGAUGGGGUUACAGCAACGAAGAAGAUCCGAUCCCUCGGACAUACUGUGCCGAUCAUUGCCAUGACAGCGAACGCCCUCAAGGGCGAUGAAGAAACGUAUCUUGCCGAGGGUAUGAAUGACUAUGUGGCCAAACCUGUCGACAAACGGUUACUCACGAAUGCGUUGCUGCGUUGGCUGAGAUGAUUAUGAAGAAGAAGAUUAUGACGACGAUGACGAUGACGAUGUUUGAAUGAAACUGCACAGUAACAUCAUGUGCUAUGGAAUUUUGCAGCUAGUACGCCAGUCUGUUUCCUUUGAUUGAAAACAUGGGCUAUUCGCCCUUUGUUUUCACAUUGGAUAACAUCUUGGGACGAGCACUUGGAGUGAACAUACUAGCCCUGCCACGCGCAGCAACGGCUUCUAUUGGCAAGCGGAUACGCCAUGAGUCGACUCCCUUUCGACCGCGGAUUGUCGGGCUUACCUCACACCACCGUCUCAUGACAAGAUGUCCAAAAAAAUCUUUCGGUCAGGCGAGAAUGUGUUUUAAACUGUAGCACUAUACGUCGAAGAGAGAAUUCAGGGGAUUCCAAGAGCAGACCACCACAAUGGGACCUUUGUUUUAAUGACUGGUCCAGCGCACGUGAGUAUUCAUACUCAUAGUGUACUGUGAGACAGAGGCUACGGUCCGAUCUUUGUCAAGAAGUAAUAUGAGCUCCUCUUGUGGUUCAAUCUAUACGCAAUGGCCCGGCUCUAGGUGCUAUCUAUUUUCCACUUGAAGAAAAGAUGAGAGAUCAGACGAGACAAAAGCUCUUAGUCACCUGACGGCUUGCCUACCUACUCAGGAACUUACUCUUGUAUCACAUCUGAAUAGAUAUCUACAUUUUUAUGUCCUCUGUGUGAGCACUCCAGAUGCCCUUGGACUCACGAAGUAUGAGGGCCUCACGACUAUGAAUGAGAUCACCAUCAUUAGCAAAGCUUUUCCUUUUUUUCCCUCCACACUUCAAAAGGAGUAGUCCUAGGCUGAUGGCUUUCCUCAAGGAUGAACCCCAGUAAGUGAAUGACACCAGCUGACCACCAGGAUCAUUGCGACGCUGAU